GGGCUCUCCUGUCAGCUGGGGACUCGCUGUCCCUGACAGGUCUCACGUGUAACCAAGCACUCUGUUUGCUGGCUGUUGGCGUGGCAGAGCUGGGCUCUGGAUCCCGCUCCUCGCCUGCACUGGCUCCCUCCGUGUCCUGGGGGUGUUGUGCUGACGUGCCAGACAAAGAUCUCUCUCUGCAAUUCUCCUGUGCAGCUCUUCUUGCCAAGGAACAGACUCUGCUGUCUUUGUCCACAGACUUCAUCCUGCACAACUUGCGGAGGAACGUGGGGAGGGAAGGGACUGCUCCUGGCCCUUAUGCUCAGAUGUUAAUUUAGCACUCCACAUUUCCUGUGAUUCACAGCCUGUCUCUUGACAGGAGCGCGUGUGCCUUGGAGCACAAGCAGAACUGCUACUUAACUUUCCCCACACGGGGCUGGCACUGAGCACAGCCUUUCAUCAAGGAAUGUUAACUGCCAGGCUGUUGCUUUUGUUGCUUGUUUGUUUCCCUGGCCUCUUGGUUGUUGGUAUUUUGUGUUUUGGCUCCUUUCAUUCAGCUGAUCUUGCUCUUAACAGUGAUUUUCCUUUAACAGGAGUGUUGAUCAGUGUUCUAGGAGCCACAGUUAAUAUUGAGUGAAAAGUCUUUUCUGAAGUGCUGUAUGAGACUGAUUACAUCUGGAACAGUGCACUGAUUUCUCCCAACUCCUCUCAGGUCAAGAGCUGCUUUGUCUUCUUGUGUAAUAAACAAAGCCCGUGGUCUGCUUUUUGAUCACAAGUUCUCAGGCAUUGCAGAUGGAGUCUGUUGGCCUGUUGAGUACCUUGGUUCUGGUAAAGCAGCAUUUGGGACAUUCUUUGGUCAGCAGCUAUUUCAGCUCAGUGUGUGAGCUCAGUGCACUGAAAAUGCAGAUCUGUAUAUCCAUAAAAACAACUGUCCCUGCAAACAAAAGUGUGCAUGACGGACACACAGGUUUUACUCGGUUCCCACAAAGCAGCUGGAGGUGGCAGGUGUAGCUGUUUUGCCAGAAGAUCACAGUGCUGUGCUGUUUGCAGCUGGAAUUUGGGCUGUGGUUUGCAGCAGUCAGGAGUGGAUGCUCUGGAGGCGGCUGCAGAGCUGCCCCAGCUGCACUGGGGGUACCAGCAGGAGCAAUGACAGCGGCUGUCAAGAGCCUUGAAAAUGUUAGAAAUCAAAAGGCAAAGUCAGUAAACCUGCUCAGCCUAGGGACAGUCCUGUGCCACAGGAGGUGAGAGGGAAUAGCAGAUACUGUCACAAAAUGAGCAAAAUGGGCAGGGACCUGGAAAACAAGUGGGGAGUGAUGGUGGAAUGCAGGACAGUGGCAUUUCUGUGGUUCCUGUGCCUUUGCAGAGUCCUGGAGAGGCUGUGAGGAAGCUGCAGCUCUGUGAGCUGUGUCACAGAGCCCCGAGGGACAGGAGGUGCUGGGGACAGCUGGGUUGUUGUGUGCACCUGGGGUGACUUGUGUUUGUUUUCAGUUCUAUUCCAGGACACUUGCCUUUGCUGAAGAUUCCUAAUGCCAGACACCCAACCCACUGCCAAAUAACCAUGAAAGAGAGGAGGUAGCUGCCCCCAGCGUGAGGGAAAAUCUGAUUUCAAUGGAUACAAAAUACAAAGACGAUUUGUUUAGGAAGUAUGUACAGUUCCACGAAUGCAAACUGAAUGCCUCUGACAACAAGCAGCGUCCUAUUAACGAUGAGUACUUGCGAGUGGCAGCAGCAGCCUUACUUUGCCUUCCCAAAAUUGAUCCCUUUUAUCGAUUCCGGUUGAUAAAAUUUUAUGAGAUGGCUGAAAACUCACUGAGAUCUGUGAAAUCCUCAAGUUUACAUUGUCUCCAUAAUGCAUUCAACAUGCUUGAGACAGUUGGAAUUAAUCUCUUUCUGUACCCCUGGAAAAAGGAGUUCAAAAACAUUAAGACCUACACUGGGCCCUUUGUUUAUCAUGUGAAGUCUGCUCUAACAGAGGAUGAUGUGAGGCAGAUCCUGAGCUACAUGGGCUAUGUCCAAGAACUGGGAACGACGUUUAAGCUCAAAGAGCAGGUCGACGCCAUCCAAGUGAAAAUGAUUUCAUUUGAGCUCUUUCUGGCCAAGGUGGAAUGCGAGCAGCUGUUGGAGAUCCACCUGCAAGUGAAGGACAAGGGUUAUUCCGAGCUGGAUGUCAUCAACGAGCGCAAGAACAGCAGCGAGGACGUGCGGGGCUGCUCCGAGGCCAUGCGGCGGCGCCUGGAGUGCAAAGAGACCCUCAACACGUCCAUGGCCCGCAUGGUGCUCCAGAAAUCCGCCAGCGAGCGCGCCUCCAAGGAUUACUUCAAGCCAAAGGUGAGCAAGCCUUCCAAGUCAGUGGAUACGUAUGACAGUUACUGGGAGAGCAAGAAACCGCCUUUGAUGAGCUCGCUGAGCCUCAGGAAGGAGCCGAUUCUGGUCGAUGCGGAAGAUGACAUUAAAGAUGAAAUUAUCCGUCCGUCGCCGUCUCUGCUGGCCAUGUCCAGCUCCCCACACGGGUGUUCAGACGAAUACUUGCCAACUUCCUCUCAUCACAAUGGCAUGCUAAGAACAAAUGUCCCUUACAGCUCCUAUUUUUCUGCUCAAGAGGACUUAGAUUUAUAUACUGAACCCGAUUCUAGAAGCGUGUUAAAUUUCAAAAGACAAGACGCUAUUAAGUCUGAUGUAUGGCUGUUAAAAAGCGAUGCCAACCCUGUUUACCACAAACGCAGCCACCUAGCCAAAGAGACAGCUUCCUCCAAGUGCCAGAACUGUGGCAUCCCUUGUGGCACUUCUGUUUGCCAGAAGUGUGACAGCCUGUUUGGCUCGAGGCAGGAGUACCCAGCAGUGAAGCAGAGCUCCUAUUCCAUCAAAGCCCUCCCAAGCGAUGGCUUGUCCCCCGCGCCGGCUCUGAGGGAGAAAUCUCAGUACACGUCACAGACUCAGAGUCAAGACAGAGCUGCUCAGUUCAGUUCCAAGUCCAAGCCUUCGGGCACCUCGCGCUGCGGCUUCUGCAACCGCUCGGGAGCCGCCAACACGUGCACCUUCUGCUCCAAGGUCUCGUGUGACACCUGCCUCAACGCCUACUACUACGACCCGUGCUGCAGGAAGAGCGACCUGCACAGGUUCCUGCCUAACAACCAGUUAAACUAUAAAUCAUCCCAGCUGUCCCACGUGGUUUACAGAUAGACUGCUCGAGUCACUUUGGGAAGGGAAGGAAAGGGGGAGAGGAAAGGGCUAUCCUAACCAAUGUUCUGACUCCACGCUGACCUCUUGCCAAAAUCACGUGUCCAGAUAUUUGGAACCAUGGUUCAGUGAUCAGGUGCCAGUUGUUGAUUUUUAUGGCUUCACAGAUGCUGCAGAUCCAUUCGAUUUCAUGCUGCUAUAAUUUAGGUAACUCCUAAAGGAGCGUUGCUUUUCAACUUAGAUGGGGGAGAAGAGCACAUUUUUCCUUAAAACUUGGCAGCUGUUGUAUUUUUAAAAAGUGACAUCAUACCUUCCUAUUAUAUCAUAUCUUGCCCAAGUAAAACCAGGCAGUGUUUGAAAACAAAGUCAGAGAAUUAAGAUUCUCAUUUUCUAUGAGUGAUGAAACCACUGCCAGUUUUUGAUAAAGUAUGACUUCAAAAUGUGCAGGAAAUAUGUGAAUGGCUUGUUUUGCCACCAAGGACUAUUUUUCAUGUGUGUCUGCAUUUCUUGGUCUCCAAAAUGCAAACACCACAACCUCUCUUCCUUUUGUCUUUGUUUCCUCCUUCUCCCCUUCUUUCUCUGGUUGUUUAUCUCAAGCCUAUAUAACCUGGAUCUGGACAACAUGUGCUUUAUUUUCCAGUGUUGCCAAUAUCAUCCUUCUGGGUUUCAGUGUGUGGUAUUUGAAAGAGGUGAUCCUGUGUCUGUGUCACUCAGAUGAUGCCUGGAGUGUUGUCCUCUCAGAUGAGUGUCCAUUUUCCUUCUGUUGCACAUGGUUUAAGUACUGUUCUUUGUACUGUAAAUAGGUGAUUCGGAAACAGUUUAUUUUUAAUAAAUAUUUAAUAUGUUGAGUUCUUAAAAGUGAUAGAAUCAUUAUAACUAUGAAGUCUCUCUGGGUUAUUUGUUUCAGGUGACUUUUUGUUUUUCCUUGUACUGUAUUUCAUAGCUUAUAGCCACUGUGGCAGAAUGAUGUUCUUGGCUCUGAUCAGUUCUUGGGUUUUAAUCUUUUUUUUUUUUCCCUCUGAUAAGGCUGCUGCUCAUCUGAGCAGAGUCUUGUCUAAAAAUUGCAGGAUUUUGCUCUCAGUGCACGCUUUUUCUUUGUGCUUAUGGAAAUUGUAAGUAUCAGUGUUCUGCUCGCUUCCAAAUUCACUGCCAGUCUGUGUGUAGUGUAGUCCAGCAAGUAAAGCACUGGCCUGGGUGAAAAUCAGAGCUCAUUUGUGACUCCUGUUCAAGUGAACUCCUCAGUUACAGAUGUGAAUCAGAUAAUAACCUUUGUCUCUUGCUGUAGCACUUGGGAACCCUGGCUGAGCAGCAGGACUCCCUUGUGUUGGGCUCUGUACAGUUUGACCCCAAACACCGCCUGGUUAUGAAUAGACUUUAGUUUUUUAUGAAAAGAAAACCCCUAAGAAUCCUAACUCCCUUAUUCCAACUAUAGCUAGUUAGCACAAAGUAUCAGGCAACCUAUACUGAUGUGCAGAAUUAAAUGUGUUUAAAGUAUCUGUAAAGAACUAGCUGAGAUGUAAACUCUGUAGUCCACUUUGCACUGAAAUGAUUCACUCUGGAGUGAACAAUCACUGUUGGAGUCUAGGCCUCUCAACUUCAAUGUCCAUCACUCCCUGUGUGACAGGAACAUGCAUGAAUGAUCGUUUGUCUUAUAUUUUUUGGGGUGGGGGGGCUUCAGGUAGGUAGAGGGGAAAAUUACAUAGGCUAGUGUUGUAAAAUAGCUAAAAUGAUUUUAGCCAUAACUGGGUGUCAGAAGUGUUAUGGAGAUAAGAUGAAACCUGGGUCUUACAGAGGGCUGAGAACAAAAAGUUACUGUCCAGUUUGCACUAAAACAAAGUGAACAGUGUGUGUUUAACAAUCAGGGAAACUCAGAAUCAAGGGACUGCAACUGAACAUAAUGUCAAGGGCAAGUACUGCCUUGCUGACCCUGAAGGUUGGGGUGAAUAUUAAGUGAAUGAUUUUAAGGUUUUCAAUCUUGUAUGUUUUUUAUAAAUAUAUAUAUAUAUAAAUAUGACACAAAUGUAGAUACAUUAUGUAUAUAGUGAAGAAUUUAAAAACAAUUUUACUAUUAAAAUGCAGUCUAAGGGUGGUUUUAAUUUCGGUGGCUUUUUGGGUUUUGUCCACCUCCUGCAGUGUCAUGCCUGUUGGGCUGCUCUACAGUGUAUCUCUAGUUCACCACUCCAGUUUCCAUAUGGCUCCUCACACUACAGUGACAACUAAAACUGUGAUGCCACGUAAUUUUUACGGUGACCAGGGCAGGGGCUGUACCUGCUCUGCAAAAGAGAAGUCCUCUGUACAUAUGUCAUGGAAUCCUGUAGUACAAACCUGUGUUGAAUUGAAGUGCUACCAUGCUCUAUUUUUGUGUAUCUUACUGUAUGAGAUUGCUGUGAUUGAUACAGUAAAAUAUAUGCGAAUUUAAAAUGCAGGUGUUUUGCAUCUGAUUUGUUUAAAUUAAUUUAUGUUUUGAAGGAAUUUAAAAAUAAAGAGGCCUUUAAGAAAAGGCUUAACUCUUUUCUUAAAGUGGCGUGUGCAUGUAGCUGUCUGUUCGCAGGUCGUCUGCGCGCCGUGAGCCGCUGCUCGGAGUCCAGCGCGGGCUGCCUGCAGAGUGCAGAGCUGCUGGAACAGAUCCCCUUCACUCCCAUGCUGAGCAGCAUGACUCAGUGUUGAUGGAGCAUGUGAGCUGCUCUGGCAGCAGCUGCAGCAGGCUGGGGUGGGGUGGCAGCAGCUCUGGGGCUGUGUGGAGCUCCCUCCGUGGAUCCCAGCCCUGGCUCUCCGUGGCGCUUGCCUGACGAGCUUCCCUUCCUGAGGGAAGCUGCAUCUCCCAGAAGAUGUGUGACGCUGCUGAGGUACAUUUUGGCACUUGAAUUAGGCCUUCUGGCUCCCUUUACAUCCUGCUAGCUCCAGAGCAGGAUAAUUCCUCAAGUUCCAAACUAGAUCAGUCUUUUUGUUUGUUCCUUGUGUUGAAAAGCAUGUCGGGUGAAUGCUGAAGUGCCUUUUCCACAAGGGUGUUAUGAUCUGUUGUGGUUACUGGAAGUGCCAGGGACGAUUAUAAAAAUCAGGCUCCAGGUAACUAAAAUAUUCUUGCAGGAAAUCUUGCCUCACGCUGUGCUGCUUCCUGAGCUGAUGGAUUUCUGGUGCAUAUAAAACAAGCUCAUAAACUGUGUUACUGUCUGGCCUCUCUGAUUGCAGACCUCUGAGCUUGUUAGCUGCAUCUUUGGCUUUCAACAGAAGCUUAAAGGUUCCAUACACAGUAAGUAGUUUAGAUUUGAUGAUUUGAACUGACAGCUCCUUAAAGUUAUUUUCUGGAAGAUGACUCUGGGUUACAAGCAUUUAGUGCACGUUGCUGACUAUGCUGUGGAAUGUUUCCAGGGGAAGAGAUUCACCUUUCCAGUUUUUGUUUGGAAACAGGAGCCAAUCUGAGCUGGGUGAUAAUUGGUACACUGCCAGAGACUGGGAGAAAAGCAGGAUGCUCCUGAUGUACCUGAUUUGGCUGUGAAAUCAGAGUGAAUUAGGCCUUUUGGUGUGAUCACUACCGUGGUAUCUCAGCAGCUGGGCUGGGCUGCUGAUGUCCCUGUUUAUUUGUGAAGGGUGUUGGUGAUUCCUUCUGAAAAUCACAGAAUGUGGUUGUGUUUCUCCAAGAUUGCACUCUUCUAAAGCGUGGCCAGCUGUGGUGAGCUGCCUUUGCCGAGGGAGCAGUCUCUGUGUGACUCCAUCACUGCCCAUGUGCAAACCCCAGACACAGAAAUAAAUGAGCUGGAAAUGAGAGGACAGAAGAAAAGGAGCAGCCUGUGUGCCACUGGGAGCCCAUCGAGGAGGGGCUGCACGGAUUUGGAUGGGCUGGCUCAGUGGCAGAAGCAAAAGGGGACAAGGACAGCACCUGCCCCGUCUCCUGAUCCAAGUCUGUGUCUCAGCUCAGGGUCAGCCUCUGUGUCUUGAGGGCUCAGCUCUGUGGAACACCUCCCCAGGAUCUCAGCUACCCUUGGGAAGUGCUGCUGAAGGCUCAUUUAUGGGUCCUGGGAUGUGCACUGAGGGACAAAUGCCAUUUCCAGCUCUUUUUGCUUUAUUCCUGGCCCUAAGACUGCAAAUGUCUGUAGCAUUGUUUCCCGUGGUAUUAACUGAGAUGUGCUCUCAGAGCUGUUCCCAGCCUGCUUUACAUGCUGGCUUUGGGCCACCUCAGCAGAAAUCAGUGGGCUGUGUGCAUAUGUUCUGCUUCUCCUUUUUGGGGGAGAGUGGGGGAGAGGGGCUUCGUUCCCCGUGAUCUGCCUCUUUCUCCUGGAGAAGUAAAACCCCUCUAGAGCAGCUACUCUUGCCUUUUCUGCUGUGACCAAACUCUCUCUCCAGACCCCAGUGAGGAGUGUGCCUGGUCUGUGCCCUGCUCUGAGUCCUGUGCAGCAGCCAGGGGUGGCACCUGGGGCUGGGCACUGUCUGUGGCUGCAGGGGGACAGAGCACAGUGACACUGGCACCCACUGCUUGGUGUCCAGGGGAGAAUUUCAGCCUGAGAACACAAAACCUCUUCACGUGAAUCAGUGACAGAAUUGAGACUCAGAAUGGGUGGCUGCUGGAGGCUCCAAGAGCAAGUUUGGUCUGUGUGUGGUCCUUGUCCUACCAGGGAGAGCUCUGCAUCUUCAGAGAUCAGACUUGAAAGGCUCAGUCUCAGAAAUCCCUCUUUCUCCUUUCUUUUCUCCUGCAUUUCAGUAUUCAGGUAGAGAAGCACUGAGUCAUCUGAAAUGUGUUCUCUCCUCUCUGGAUCGUGGCUGGGCUCUGGGAAGAGCCUUCCAAACCUCCCUUCACUUGGACUCUUCUGGGACUUCUGCCUCCUUCAGGAAUCAAAGUCUGAUUCACUUUCCAUUGUGACUCGUAAAGUCUUGGACUACUUAGAGACAUAUCAAAAAUUAAAAUAAUCUCUUUUGACAGCA